ACAGAAGAAGAUACAGAGGGAAAUCAGAAAUGGCGGACAAGCCAAGCCGAGCAUUGGUGUUGUACUGUAAUGGGUUGGCCCUUUUCAUCGGCCCAUCUCAUUAUCAUCUCCAUUCUCUCGCAUCAAAAGCUUCCUGUGGCUUCUUGACCCUCCCCAGCGCCCCUGCUUCUGAAAGUGAGGAUGACAGAGUAGUUAGAGAGUUUGCAGUAUUGAUGGAUGCUUGUGAAGCUUAUACCGAUCAGAGAGUUUUUGGUGCCAAACUUGGCUUAACUGUGUUGGAAUCCGAUGUCCUAGUUAAAAACCUGCAUUCCCUUGCGGAAGUACCAGCGGAUGUUGUGGUGUCUGAGUUGCUAAACUUGCUUGGAUUUAAAGAAGGGAAGACUCUAGAGACAAGCGACUAUGAUUUAGUUUGUGUGCAUGUAGGGAAUGGAGGAAGGGUAAGUGGUGAGAAAAACAAGGCCGUUGCGAAGGACAUGGAGUAUGUCAAUGCUUUGGUUGGAGAUAUAAUGAAGAUAGCCCAACCUGGAUCCGAAAUUGGUUCCCGCCUGCAUUUGUCCCUCGUGAUGAGCCAUGGCCAUGUCCCAGAGGAUGAUGAUCCCAACUUAUCAGUUUUAACUACUAAAGAUGAGAAAAAAUCUGAUCUUUUAAUGCUCUUCCCUUGUCAAAGUUACACCAUGAGUGGAGAAAAUCAACGGGAAGAUGUUAGGCAUCAUUUCCCCAUGUUGCUUGCUCAAUGGCAGCAUGGAAUAACCCGCAAGGAUAUGGCAGAGGUGUUUUCCUUUAAAGAUUCUAAGGAGCACGGUGGAAAUCUUGCCAUACCAGCAGAUCGGUUUCUGCACGAGGUCGCCUUCAAGCUUUGGAAGGCCCCCAAGUAUGGAGCAUGAAAUUUUUUAUCAACAUUCCAGAUAUGUAGGAAAAGCUUAAAAUUUAAGCAUCAAAGAUGGAUCAGAGAGAUGGAGCUUCCUGGUUUGGUUCUCUAUGCUAAACAAGUCUGUUGUUUACUUUUGGUCAAAUCAGGCACUGGUUAUAAUAGGACAAUUUUGCUUGUGACCUUGAUAUUGAGACACAUCUUUACAUUCAUUUUCCUAAUCGUU